AUGCUCAACGUACCCGCACCUCCCGCUACUACCGCUGUGUACUCAGUGCGUCUUGCGACUUGCGUUGUAGGAAUUAUUAGUUCGCUUCUGGUGUACGCGUACUUGCAAGAACGCAUCAUGGCGUUGCCGUUGACCACGGACGCCGCCGGCCAGCCGGUGUUCUUUAGGGACUCGUUGUUCUUGGUACUGCAGAACCGUCUCUACGCUGCACUAGCAGCGGUCUUUGUGCUUUUGUGGCAGGGCGACCGCAGUGGCAUGCGGCCGCAAGCGCCCCUCUACAAAUACGCCUCUGUCUCGUUGAGCAACGUGGUUGCGACCUGGGCCCAGUACUCUGCGCUGGCUUGGGUGUCGAUGCCUACACAGACGCUGGGCAAGUGCGCGAAAAUGAUUCCAGUACUCGUUUGGGGCUCUAUAAUGAGCGGGAAACGGUAUACGCUGAGCGACUACGGGGUCGCAGCAGCAGUCGCUGCGGGAUGCACGCUUUUUCUACUGGCUGGAAACAUUCAAGCGAAAUACAGUGCAGAGCAGAACUCGCUCUAUGGGCUAGUGCUUAUGGUUGUGUACUUGGCGUUUGACGGGUUCACGUCGACGUUUCAGGAGAAACUUUUCAGGGGGUACCCUAUGUCGACGUAUAACCAGAUGCUGUUCGUCAACUUAACCUCUGCCUGCAUUAGUUUUUUGGGUGUUGCAAGCAGUGGCCGACUCGCUGCGGACCUGCAGCUCUGCUGGCAGUAUCCACGACUGUUCAUCGAUGCAAGCGUUUUGAGUGCAGCAGCAGUCAUUGCUCAGUUUUUCAUCACCUACACGAUCAAAGAAUUCGGUGCCCUGGUCUACGCGACCGUCAUGACGACCCGACAAAUCUUGACCAUCCUCCUAAGCAACCUAUUUUUUGCGCACGGACUUACUGUUCAGCAGUGGUGCGGAGCUGCGAUCGUGUUCAGUGCUCUAUACCUGAAGAGUUACACACAGCAGAUGUCGCGACGAGCGACGAAACCUGCUGCAGCACCCCUCGAUAACGAUAACGGACCCGCGAGCGAGGAAAGUAAGGCCUUCCACGUUGCCGCGGUUGCUCUACCCCAGACUGCGCAAGAGUGCAGAGCACUAGCACAUUAG